AUGUACGCAGCGCGAGCGAUGAGGCCUUUGCCCAGAGUUGGCACUGCGUCUGUGCGAUCUUUCCAUCACAGUCCUGUGGCUCGCAGCACUGCCGGCGCAGAGAAGACUGGCCGCGGACUCGGCGCAGCUCGCAAGCGGAUCCCGCCCGAGCUCUUGCCGAUGGGCGCCGCUGUUGGGCUCGCACUCAUCGGAGCAACCUUCGCCCUAGGCCACCACAUGAUGAAGGACGAUCUCAGGCACUUGCCCGAACAUGAGCAGCGCAAGAUCAAGAAGCAGCGUGAACAAGACGGCUAG